CAUUCAUCGUGAAUCCGUGGGAAAUUGUCGAAGCAGUGCCGAAUCAUCGCCGGAAAAAGUUCUUCGCCAAAACACGGUGGUGUCUCGGUUGGCGAACAUACGCGAUAAAACGCGUGCCCGGAUCGCGGAAUAUCAAUAUAAAAGUCAGCUAAUAAAGGAGGUCAAGAUGAUCGUGACGUUGAAGAACCUCCAGCAGCAGACGUUCACUGUUGAGAUAGAACCGUCGAAAACGGUUAAGGAGCUGAAAGAUAAGAUUGAAGCUCAAAAAGGCUUCCCGGCUCAACAUCAGAAACUUAUUUACGCCGGCAAGAUAUUAACCGAUGAGGAGCCACUAAGUGAAUAUAAUAUUGAUGAAAAGAAAUUUAUAGUUGUUAUGGUUACUAAACCUAAGCCAGGAACUGCAGCUAGUACUACUGAAGAGCAACAAGCUGAAGGAGACAGUAGCAAAGAACACACAAGCCAGAGCACUGCAGUACCACCUGCCCCUGCUCCUGUAGUCCAAGAAACAUCUAGACCUGCUGCUGUUCUGCAGCAGGAACAACCUGCUGCGGCGGCGGCAGCGGCAGCUGCUGUAGCUGCAGCAGUGGCAGCUCCUGGUUGUGGUGGAGGUCAAGCCGAAAGUGCUUUGCUCAUGGGGGAAGAAUAUAAUACAAUGGUGAACAAUAUAAUGGACAUGGGGUACGAGAGAGAGCAGGUUGAACAAGCACUACGUGCAAGUUUUAACAAUCCUGACAGAGCAGUGGAAUACCUAUUAACAGGAAUUCCAGCACAGCUAUUUGAAGAUCCCUUAGAGGAUUCUCCAGAGACACAGGAUCCAGUAGCAGAUCAGGGUCAAGACCCAUUGGCAUUUUUACGCACUCAGCCACAGUUUCAGCAAAUGCGUCAAGUAAUCCAGCAAAAUCCUCAACUCCUGAACGCUGUACUCCAGCAAAUCGGACAAACAAAUCCAGCGUUACUGCAGAUGAUUUCGCAAAACCAAGAAGCCUUUGUCCGCAUGCUCAAUGAACCCGGUCCGACUGGCGGGGCAGGAGCCCAGGGUGCUCCAGUAAGUGCAGCAACAGGAGCAGCAGCGGCGGCGGCGGCGCAAGGUGGCUUAUCAGGUGGUACAGUCGCGGGUGCUGGUGCAGGUUCCGGUGGUGGUGUGAUUCAGGUAACACCACAAGACAAGGAAGCCAUCGAAAGGCUGAAAGCACUCGGCUUCCCGGAGCACCUCGUCGUCCAGGCGUAUUUCGCCUGUGAGAAGAACGAGAACUUGGCUGCCAACUUUCUGCUCUCGCAGAACCUCGACGACUGAGAUAGCAGCUGUAGCGGGAUACGGUAGUGGCGACGGUGGCACGAACGCGGACCCGGAGACUUUGCGAGUUAGAGUAUAAGGUACACGUUAGAGAGAGGGCGGUGCUGUUGGACGGAGGUCUACCUUGUACCGUGUUGAGCUUUCUGUCUGGGUUUCUUGUUUCUCCGUGUCUCUUUCAUCUGCGUAAAAUAAGUGGACCGCGAUAUGCAGCCACGACCUGGAAGAUCCCGAGCCGUCGAUAACAAAGUACCCAGCUCAGAAUGGUCUCCACGUCACGCUGACUUCUAACCUUAAACAAUGCCGAUUACGUGUUGCGCCUAACCGGUUAAACUCUGCAUCUAAUCGACCAGAAAUCUUAGGAUGAAAACAAAAAUAUGAUGAGCGUCUCGAACAUUGCCGUGCGUGGUCUCCUCUGUCUUUAUUGAAAAAUAAAGAUGGAAAACAAUUAUAAGAAAAAGAAUGGGGAAGGGGGCACUCGCUUCUGUACGCAUUGCUUAUAGCGGAGAAACAAAUAGGAAGAGGAGAAAACGCCUAGAUAACCAUCAACAUUGGGACGUUGAGCUCAUCCUUGUGCAUAAUUCUACGGUUAGGCUUUCCAGAUGACGCACCGGAGCACUGCGGUUGGGACCCAAAAGACUGCAAACACGCAUAAGGAUGGAGAUCACUCUUAAUUUUUUUCCCACAAGACAGUCUAGGCAUUCGUUUUGCCUUAUUCUAUCCUUUUCUCUCUCUUUUCUUUCUUAUUGGACUAAACAAUAGCCAAAUUGCUUUUUUUUUUAUAUAGAAUGAAUACAAUUACUACGUACUAGCAUUGAACGAGUAAAACAUACGAAAUUCACAAGAAAUAGAAACUACACGACGAACAUGGCGAUAUAGCAUACUAUUAUUGAUCAUAUAUACAUAUAUAUAUAUUUAUUCAUAAAUAUAUAUAAAUAUAUGAAUGACAAAUUAUAUAGAUAGAAUGACACAUAACACAUUGUAGCCUUUUUGGCACGUUAAUCGUUUCUGGUUUUUCUUUAUAUUAUAGAUCCCCGUUCGUUUCGACAUUUAACCCGAAUUUGAAUUAACAAUUUUAUUUUUUUAUCUUUCCCUCGCAACUUGAUAUCGGCCUUUAACGAUGCAAAGUAACAAUAAUAAUAAUUUGAACAUCACGAGUUUCCCAUGCAGUAACGUUAUGGAGAAAUAGUAGAUUAAAAAUUAAAACAAAAACUAUAAAAAAGUCACAAAGAAAGAAGAAGUCCGGAGGAGAAGGCGAGUCCUUAUAUUUCCCUUGCAUUAUGUAUAAUAUAAACACACAAGAGAAACACACACACCUGUUAUAUAUAUAUAUAUAUAUAACAAAGUUAUCUCUAUCUCUUCAUUUUCUUCCUCUCUUUCUGUCGUCUAACUCCUUUAACUUUAGUCGGUAUCUUCCUCAUUUUCUCUUUCAUUUCAAUUAAUUUCCUCCGCGUCUCACUCAUUGUCUUAUCUACCUACUUAUUACGUAACUCGCCUUCCCUUUUGCUAUUUAAAAUGGAAUUUCGCGUAAAACCACGUUGAAGCAGACCUCAGCCCCGUCUCUGUUAAUAUCCCCAGAAAAAAAAACCACUUGUAAUACUUACAUAGAACGAAUAAAUACGUUAAGAUUUUCAAAAAAAA